AUGACGACCUCCGCGCUCCGGCGCCAGGUGAAGAAUAUCGUGCACAACUACUCUGAGGCGGAAAUCAAGGUGCGCGAGGCCACCAGCAAUGACCCCUGGGGCCCCCCCAGUUCGCUCAUGUCUGAGAUUGCUGAUCUGACCUUCAACACAGUGGCCUUCACUGAGGUCAUGGGCAUGCUGUGGCGGCGGCUCAAUGACAGUGGCAAGAACUGGAGGCACGUGUACAAGGCCCUGACAUUGCUGGACUACCUGCUCAAGACGGGCUCCGAGCGGGUGGCCCACCAGUGCCGCGAGAACCUCUACACCAUCCAGACGCUCAAGGACUUCCAGUACAUCGACCGUGACGGCAAGGACCAGGGCGUCAAUGUGCGCGAGAAGGUCAAGCAGGUGAUGGCCCUGCUCAAGGAUGAGGAGCGGCUACGGCAGGAGCGGACCCACGCCCUCAAGACCAAGGAGCGCAUGGCACUGGAGGGCAUCGGCAUUGGCAGUGGGCAACUGGGCUUCAGCCGCCGCUACGGCGAGGACUACGGCCGCUCCCGUGGCUCUCCGUCCUCCUACAACUCCUCCUCUUCAUCACCCCGCUGCACCUCCGACCUGGAGCAGGCCCGGCCUCAGACAUCAGGGGAAGAGGAGCUGCAGCUACAGCUGGCCCUGGCCAUGAGCCGCGAGGAGGCGGAGAAGCCUGUCCCCCCAGCCUCCCACAGGGACGAGGACCUGCAGCUGCAGCUGGCUCUGCGCCUGAGCCGGCAGGAGCACGAGAAGGAGGUGAGGUCCUGGCGGGGUGAUGGCUCCCCCGUGGCCAACGGUGCAGGGGCUGCUGUCCACCAUCGGCAGGACAGAGAGCUCGAGAGAGAAGAGAGAAAGGAGAAGGAGAAGCUAAAAUCCAGCCAGUCCUCCAUCCUGGACUUGGCCGACAUCUUCGUACCUGCCCCGGCCCCGCCCUCCACACACUGCUCUGCUGACCCAUGGGACAUCCCAGGUCUUAGGCCGAACACAGAGACCAGUGGCUCCUCCUGGGGGCCUUCUGCAGACCCCUGGUCUCCAAUCCCCUCAGGAGCCAUCCUAUCCCGAAGCCAGCCAUGGGACCUGACUCCCAAGCUGUCCUCCUCUGAGCCCUGGGGCAGGACCCCAGUGCUGCCUGCUGAGCCCCCCACCACAGAUCCCUGGGCACUCAACUCUCCCCAUCACAAACUCCCCAGCACUGGGGCUGACCCUUGGGGGGCCUCCAUGGAGACCUCCGAUACGCCUGCUGUAGGUGAUGCUUCAGCCUUUGACCCAUUUGCCAAACCUCCAGAAUCCACAGAGACCAAGGAGGGUCUGGAGCAGGCCCUGCCUUCUGGGAAGCCCAGCAGCCCUGCGGAGCUGGACCUGUUUGGAGACCCCAGCCCCAGUUCCAAGCAAAAUGGCAUGAAGGAGCCAGAUGCCCUAGACCUGGGCGUACUGGGGGAAGCACUAACCCAGCCAAGAAAAGAGGCCCGAGCUUGCUGGACUCCCGAGUCCUUCCUGGGCCCGUCGGCCUCUUCCUUGGUCAACCUUGAUUCGUUGGUCAAGGCGCCCCAGGCUGUGAAGACCCGGAACCCCUUCUUGACAGGUCUCAGCGCUCCGUCCCCUACCAACCCGUUCGGCACAGGAGAGCCGGGCAGGCCGACGCUGAACCAGAUGCGCACCGGGUCGCCGGCGCUGGGCCUGGCGGGCGGGCCCGUGGGGGCGCCACUGGGCUCCAUGACCUACAGCGCCUCUCUGCCCCUCCCGCUCAGCAGCGUGCCAGCCGGCGUGACCCUCCCCGCCUCGGUCAGCGUCUUCCCGCAGGCCGGAGCCUUCGCGCCGCCCCCCGCGGGCCUGGGACAGCGGCUGCUGCCCACGCCCAGCUCAGCCGGGCCCAGGCCCCCGCCCCCACAGAGCGGCACCAACCCCUUCCUCUGAGCGCCGCUCCGCGCUGGGCCGAUCUGCGCCUGCGCCGGGCGCACCGAGGCCCCUCCUCCGGACCGGGACUGGGCGGGGCGGCGGGGCUAGUGGAUCGCGAUUCCCGCGGCGGCUCCGGAAGCUGGACAUGGACCACGGCCCGGGAGCUAGAGACUGAUCGCCCCAUAAUAAAGACUGGAACGCUCGUUUUCAGCUCUCACCAAGUGGACUUUUUGCGGGGUGUGGCUGCCGGGUCCGGACCACAGAGUGGAUUACCGGCUGCCGAGGAUACUGCAGCUGCACAACGUGGGGUGUAAAACUGCCCCCAUUUGCUUUCCAGCUCCUCUCAACCCUCACCUCCAUCCCCCGUCAUCCUGGCACCUUCGCUUCCAGACGCUUCCAGGCUGUCACUCAGUCGGUCAUUUCAUUCAUUUAUCACACAUGGGCACUGGGGCUGAGCUAACAGCAAGAGACAAUAGGCCUUUGUUCCUAUUUAUUGGGUACUUACUACUUAUGUGCUAAGCAGAUCAGUUUGUUUAAUCCUUGCAACGACUCUCUGAGGCAGAUAAUAUUGUUAAGUCCUUCAGGACCCCAGCUACAUCAUUUGUGGGGCUCAAUACAAAAUGAAAAUGUGAGGGCUCCUUGUUUAAAAUCGGGUGAAGAAUUUCAAAACAGGGACAGCAGAGCAUGAAAUCAAGCGCAAAGCCCACCGAAGUGCGAUUGCACGGGUCUCCCACCCCUAUAGCUGGCCCUACUCCCAUUUUUCAGGCGAGGAAACCAAGGCUCAGAGAGGUUAAAUGGCAUGCUCAAAGUCACAAAGCUGGCACGGGGCGGGGCUGGAAUUCAAAGUCAGACAGUCUGGCUCCAAGGCAGGGAGCUCCCAGACUGAGCCCCAGAUUUAAUUCAGCAAAUAUUGACUGACGGCUGUGGACAAAGUGCUGGGCUCACCUGGGAGGGAUCCAAGAAUUGCUAAGCUAAGCUCGAGAGUAGCAGAGUAGACAAACCAAGGGGCUUGUGAUGCGGCUGUGGCAGGAGCCAGGUGCAGGAGCUCCUGGGCGCCUUUGCUUUACUGAGUCACCUUAAAUCUAAUUGUCCUCUCCCUUGCUUCACCAAGGCUGGCGAGAAACUCAGUCUCAGCCACACAGAGGGAGUCGGACCCCUUCUGGGGGUUUAUGUGGAGUCUGGGAAACCAAGGGUGGGGUGGGGCUUAGUACUGAAUCCAGGAGGGGCCCCUAUGGUCACCCUCACCUGUUUUUCUUCUCAAUGCUCCCUGAUCACUGGACCACUUGACACUGAUAUGUCCUCAGUGCUCAGGGUCUGGCUCUGCAGGCAGCCUGCAGCUAGCCCCCAUCCUCCUUUCAGGGACAAAUGGCCUUCCACCAAAGUCGGUGAGUGGAGGGACACAAUGGCACUCCCCUUCCUGAGGAAGGGGCAGGGGAAGGGAGUCCCACAGUGGCAGUUACAGACAGGAUGGACAAGAACACCUGCUCAGGAGUCAGACUGACAGGGUUCAAAGCUUUGUUCCAAGGUUUGACCGUGACAAGAAUCACUUAGUAAUAAGUGGUUAUGCUCUGUGACCUUGAGUAAAUUCCUUACCCUCUCCA